UCCACCUGCCCCCAGACCAGGAGUCGUCUCCCUCCACCCCUCCGCCCGCCCGCCCAGCCACAGCCAGGGCCGUCGCCGCCCGCGGCACCACACUCCCAACGUCUCCCGCGCUGCGCUGCGCUUCCCAAGAAAACAAACCCAAACCAGCAACGCAAGUAGGGAAAGAAUCCAUCCGACCCACACUUUUUUAACUAGUACGCGCCGCGCCGCAAGAUUCCGUGGCCCUCCGUCCGUUAAACCCGCCCGGCCCGGCGGCGGUCCGGCGAGUGAGCGAGGCGCCGCAAUGUCGUCGAGGUCCGGGGCCGCCAGGAUGCGGGCGUGCGGGCCGUGGGGCGAGGGCGGCAGCGGCGUCGUCGGGGACGCGCACGCGCUCGAGAGGGAGAUGUCGCGGGACGGCAGCCACUACAGCCUCUCCAGCGGCAUCCUGCCGUCGCUCGGCGCGCGCAGCAACCGCCGCGUCAAGCUCCGCCGCUUCAUCAUCUCGCCGUACGACCGCCGAUACAGAUUGUGGGAGACUUUCCUCAUAGUUCUUGUGGUCUACUCUGCGUGGGUCUCCCCAUUCGAAUUUGGCUUCAUCCGGAUCCCUACGGGAGGCCUAGCUGCGACGGACAAUGCCGUGAAUGCAAUCUUCGCAGUUGACAUCAUCCUGACCUUCUUUGUAGCUUACUUGGACAGACUGACCUAUUUGCUCGAAGAUGAUCCAAAGAGGAUUGCUUGGCGUUAUACUACCAGCUGGUUGGUUCUUGACGUUGCCUCCACCAUCCCAUCAGAAAUUGCUCGCAGGAUACUACCUUCAAAGCUCAGAUCAUAUGGAUUCUUCAACAUGCUUCGUCUAUGGCGUCUCCGGAGAGUCAGCUCUCUCUUUGCUAGAUUGGAGAAGGAUAGACACUUCAAUUACUUCUGGGUUCGAUGUGCAAAGCUCAUUUGUGUCACACUUUUUGCCGUGCACUGUGCAGCAUGCUUCUACUAUCUAAUCGCUGAUAGGUACCCGGACCCAAAGGAAACGUGGAUCGGCAAUACCAUGCCAGAUUUUCAUUCCAAGGGCUUGUGGAUUCGCUACGUAACAUCAGUAUAUUGGUCAAUCACCACGCUUACCACUGUGGGUUAUGGGGAUUAUCAUGCGGAGAACAUACGGGAGAUGAUUUUCAAUAUUUUCUACAUGUUCUUUAACCUUGGACUGACUGCUUAUUUGAUUGGCAACAUGACCAACUUGGUUGUCCAUGGCACCAGCCGUACUCGAAAAUAUCGGGAUACAAUUCAAGCAGCAACCAGCUUUGCCCUUCGGAAUCAGCUACCACCUCGGUUGCAAGAUCAGAUGAUAUCACAUCUUAGCUUAAAGUUCAGGACAGAUUCUGAAGGUCUUCAACAACAAGAGACUCUUGAUGCGCUGCCUAAGGCUAUUAGGUCUAGCAUUUCGCAAUAUCUGUUCCUCAAUCUGGUUCAAAACAUUUACUUGUUUCAAGGAGUAUCUAAUGAUCUGAUUUUUCAACUGGUUUCAGAGAUGAAAGCCGAAUAUUUUCCACCUAGGGAGGAUGUCAUUUUGCAGAAUGAAGCACCCACUGACUUCUACAUUUUAGUUUCUGGUAGUGUGGAAUUAGUAGAGGUUCCAAAUGGCGCGGAACAUGGUGCAGAACAGGUGGUUGGAGUGGCCAAGUCAGGAGAGGUUAUUGGAGAAAUUGGGGUUCUUUGCUAUAGGCCUCAAUUAUUCACAGUCCGGACAAGAUCCUUAUGUCAGCUUCUACGGAUGAAUCGUACGGCCUUUCUCAGCAUUGUUCAAUCCAAUGUUGGCGAUGGAACUAUCAUCAUGAACAACCUUAUUCAGUUACUAAAAGAGCAGACAGACGGCGUAAUGGUAGGUGUUCUGAAGGAGAUCGAGAGCAUGCUAGCUCGAGGUCGUCUGGAUUUGCCAAUCACACUCUGCUUUGCAGUGACUAGAGGAGAUGACCAUUUGUUGCAUCAACUACUUAAGCGUAAUUUGGAUCCAAAUGAGUCAGAUCAAGAUGGGCGUACAGCACUGCACAUAGCUGCUUCCAAAGGAAAUGAGCAAUGUGUCAAGCUUCUAUUAGAAUAUGGAGCUGAUCCAAAUGCCAGGGAUUCGGAAGGAAAGGUUCCGCUAUGGGAGGCUGUGUAUGCGAAACAUGAUACGGUUGUGCAGCUGUUAGUCAAGGGCGGUGCAGAACUAUCAUCGGGGGAUACAAGCUUAUAUGCUUGCACCGCAGUCGAGCAAAAUAAUAUAGAACUGCUCAAGCAAAUACUCAAACAUGUCAUCGAUGUAAACAGGCCAUCCAAGGACGGAAACAUUCCGCUACACCGUGCUGUCUGCGAUGGGAAUGUUGAGAUGGUUGAGCUGUUACUAAGACACGGAGCAGACAUUGACAAGCAGGACAGCAAUGGCUGGACCCCAAGAGCUCUAGCUGAGCAACAAGGCCAUGAAGAAAUACAGAACAUAUUUAGAUCAGUGAUAGCACCAAGGAAGUACACGUCAAAUGGUAGGAUGACACCUACGCUGCUAGGCAGGUUCAGCAGUGAUCCCUCGAUGCAAAAAGUGAUCCGUGAAGAUGCUGAGCAGCAACCCAGCAAAGUUCUUCCGCAGAGAAGGAAAGUCAGUUUUCACAACUCUCUUUUUGGUGUCAUCUCUUCGUCUCAUCCGCGCCGAGAGACCGACCAUCUGCUCUCAAGAGGUCUUGCGGCAACAGGUGGUCCGAGUUAUCCUCAGGCCCAUCACAACCCACUCGUCAGGGUGACAAUCAGCUGCCCUGAGAAGGGGAACACUGCUGGGAAGCUCGUGAUCUUACCGGGGUCGAUGAAGGAGCUUCUUCAACUAGGUGCGAAGAAGUUUGACAUGAUGCCCACUAAGGUCCUGACAAUUGAGGGCGCAGAGGUUGACGAGGUUGAGCUCAUCAGAGAUGGUGAUCAUCUUGUUCUUGCCAGUGAUGACUGGAUACCAGAUGAUACGCAAAUAGGAGGUAAAAAUUAGGCAUAGAAUUGCGUUUUCCGGUUUACAAUAAUUAGGGUGAAGGGGGAAUGUUGAACCAUGCUUGUAACAGAAAAGCCAAUGGUGAAAAAAUAACUGGAAAUCACCAAUGGCUACUCCACGACACGUCUCCACCGUGCAAAAGAUGGUGAAAUAGGGUUAUGUCCAGCAAGGUAUGCCUUGUAUAGAAAUUCUUGUCUGCUGGGCAUGCAGAAUUUUCAUUGUAUAGAAAUUCUUGUCUGCUAGGCAUGCAGAAUUUUCACAGGCUAUCCAAGGAAAUUAUUAAGGUUAUCUAGCUUCA